CCUCCCGCUCUCCCCCAAUCCGGCGACCAAAACCCUCACGUCCGCUUCUCCGAAUCUUAUCACCCAUCGAUCCCCAAAACCCCCUUCCCGUUCCCAUUUCCCUAUGCCGAUCUCAAAUCCGAGCAGUUUCAGCCUCCGUCUCCUCCAUUUUUAGGGCUCAGCGGUUAUCUGCCACCUCUCCGGCGUCCAGAUCGCGGGUUUUGCUUUCACAUAUUUGCUGUGAUCAGUGAAGUACAACUACAUGAAGCAUAUGAGCAUGCUUACUGAUGAAUAAGGAAGCAUUCCCAAGAGGAAACUUCAGUUCAGAAUCUGCUUGCAGGAACAAGCCACCUAAGAUCAAUUGGUUGCAUCAUGUGGCUACUUUUGAGGAUUUCUCUUGUCAAGAGAAAUUCUUGAGCUCAAACUUUCUGUUUUCUUUAUCAUCACAAAAACUCAGACCUGAAGAAAGUGCUGAAGGGAUGCUGUGCACGAGGUCUAUUGCUUGUACUAUUCAAGGACCUGAGAGGCUGCAAAGUUUACAAAUUGAGAAGGCAUGGAAAGCUCUCUGCAACAAUCAGGGAACAAGCAAGCAGUAUUUAAGACCUGGAUUAACUGCUCCAGUGCUGAAUCAUAAUACAGAUUGUCGAUCAGCUCGAGUUUCAAACUCCUCCAACAAUAUCAACAAUGUUGUUGAUUUCCAAAGACCUGGAAUGUCAUCUCAUGAAAGUAUCUACCCACAUGAAGCAUCUGGUGAUUUACCAUGCAAGUCACUCCUUGGAGGUGAUUCAUUUAUGAGAAAUUCUUUCUGGAAGAACAAUGAUUACAAUACAAAGGUUGAUGCAAGUUUGAUCACGAGGAAACCAGAUGUUAGUGGAGCAUCAAUGCCACACAGUUCUUCUCAUAUAGGUCCUGAAAAUCACCAAACUGUGCAUGCUGAUAAUGAUAAGCAUGCUAAUGAUGAUUUUCUAGAUGCUUUGGAUGAUGAUGAAAUUAUGGAGAAAAUUGAUGUAGACCAAAUAGUCAUGGAACACUAUCAAGCCACUGGAAUACCUGAAGUAUCAGCAUCUAAACAUACUCCUUUUACUCCAGUUGGUAGUGGAGGUAAUAGAACAGGCCCCAGUGAAAAUAGCUUGCCAAUGGAACUGUGUGAAAUAUGCAUUCACGGCUUCAAGCUGGCUUUUUGCCCAGAGGCAACAACUCAUUUGCAGGAGAUGAAGGAUCAGUUGAUUGCAGUAUCAAAUGAACUUCUUGAUAAUGCUGCUGAACUUGGUCCUCAACAGUGUGAAAAUCUUCGCCAAGAACGGUUGCAUCUCAAUAAACAGAUUCAGGUGCUUGAAAAAUAUCUCCAUAGUUUGACUCAAGAUGGUGAAACAUGGAGAUCGCAUUUGACAGCCUCAACAGCUACUGCACAGGUCUUUCAACCUGAGACUCCUGUGAACACAUUUCCUAUAGAUCCUGCAAGAUUCAAUUCCCAGGUUCAUAUAGGAAACGAACCAGGGAAUUCUGGUGCUUGGAGUUCAAUGGCAUCAUUCUCCUAUACAGAUAGAACAAGUAUUCUAUCAGCACAUGUGGAAAGAGAAAUGUUUACUCCAAAGCUCUUUGAUGUUAAUUACAUUGAAGGUUCCAGUGAUAAGAGGUGGAAGAGUGAAGAUUUUCCAUGGACCAAGAAACUCGAGGCCAAUAACAGAAAAGUGUUCGGGAAUCACUCCUUUCGUCCCAAUCAAAGAGAGGUGAUUAAUGCAACAAUGAGUGGACAUGAUGUUUUUGUUCUGAUGCCAACUGGCGGUGGCAAGAGCCUGACAUACCAGCUUCCUGCUCUAAUCUGUCCUGGAGUAACAUUAGUAGUUUCUCCUCUCGUUUCACUCAUCCAGGAUCAAAUAAUGCAUCUGUUGCAGGCAAAUAUUCCUGCUGCUUAUCUGAGUGCAAGUAUGGAGUGGGCUGAACAACAGGAGAUUUUUAGAGAAUUGAUGUCUGACAUCUGUAAAUACAAGUUAUUAUAUGUAACUCCAGAAAAAGUUGCCAAGAGUGAUGUUUUGUUGAGACACUUGGACAAUUUGUACUCACGGGGAUCACUUGCUAGAAUUGUUAUUGAUGAAGCUCAUUGUGUAAGCCAGUGGGGACAUGAUUUUAGGCCAGAUUAUCAGGGGCUUGGUAUUUUGAAACAAAAGUACCCAAGUACUCCUGUGCUGGCUCUAACUGCUACAGCAACAGCUAGUGUAAAGGAAGAUGUUGUGCAAGCUCUUGGCCUAGUGAAUUGCAUCAUUUUUCAACAAAGUUUUAACCGCCCAAACUUGUGGUUUUCUGUGAUGCCCAAAACAAAAAAGUGCCUGGAGGACAUUGAUAAAUUCAUCAAAGAAAACCAUUUUGAUGAAUGUGGCAUCAUUUAUUGUCUUUCAAGAAUGGACUGUGAAAAAGUGGCUGAGAAAUUACAGGAAUAUGGACAUAAAGCAUCGUUUUACCAUGGUAGCAUGGAUCCUCUUCAAAGAACAUAUGUUCAAAAGCAGUGGAGCAAAGAUGAAAUCAAUAUAAUAUGUGCCACAGUGGCUUUUGGAAUGGGUAUCAACAAACCUGAUGUUCGGUUUGUUAUUCACCAUUCUCUUCCAAAAUCUAUUGAAGGUUAUCAUCAGGAAUGUGGGCGUGCCGGUAGAGAUGGUCAGCGUUCUUCUUGUGUUUUAUAUUACAACUACAGUGACUAUAUUCGGGUCAAGCACAUGCUUACUCAGGGAGUAAUAGACCAAAGCCCUGUAUCAAUUGGAACAAGGCGUAAUUCUUUAGUUAGCAGUGAUAGAGUACUCGAAACAAAUAUUGAAAAUCUUCUUCGCAUGGUUAGCUAUUGUGAAAAUGAUAUCGAUUGCAGACGCCUGCUGCAAUUGAUUCAUUUUGGUGAAAAAUUCGAUCCUAUGAGGUGCCGAAAGACAUGUGAUAACUGUUCUAAAAUGUUGAGCUGCAUUGAAAAAGAUGUAACCGAUAUUGCAAAGCAACUGGUUGAGUUAGUGAUAUCGAUGGGCCAAAAGUAUUCAACGUCUCACAUUCUGGAAGUGUACAGGGGGUCCCUGAGCCAAAUUGUUAAGAGACACAGACACAAUAUCUUGGACCUUCAUGGGGCUGGAAAACAUCUAGCCAAAGGUGAGGCAUCCAGAGUGAUACGACAUUUAGUUAUUGAGGAUGUUCUUGCUGAAGAUGUACGAAAAAGUGAUAUUUAUGGAUCUGUUUCUUCUAUAUUGAAGGUAAAUGAAUCGAAAGCUCAGAAACUCUGCUCUGGCAGACAACCUGUCAUACUGAGGUUUCCUGCUCCUGCUAGGGCAUCCAAAAUGAGCAGAUCUGAAGUGACACCAGCAAAGGGUUCAUUGCUUCCAGAAAUGAUGAGCACUCCAUCAAUUGACGCUAAUGGUCCAUCACAAAAUGAAGUAGACUUGAAUCUGUCAGCCAAACUGUAUGCGGCUUUGCGAAUGCUUCGAACUGUGCUUGUAAAAGAAGCUGGUGAGGGGGUCAUGGCAUACCACAUAUUUGGAAAUGCCACAUUGCAGCAGAUUAGCAAGAGAGUUCCAAGAACCAAAGAAGAACUUCUUGAGAUCAACGGAAUUGGCAAGGCGAAGAUACAUAAGUAUGGAGACCGAGUAUUGGAAACCAUAGAGUCUACCAUCAGAGAGUACCAAAAGGCAAACAGGAACAGUAGCAGCAGCAGCAAUGAAAAUGCUGAUGCAGUAAAGCGGAGAAGACGGUCAACAGGCAUUGAUUCAGAUGUUAAUGAUGAUGUUUUUGUAGAAAGCACUGUACAAUCAAAAAAGCGGGUAACAAAGGUUAGGAAUGACCAAAAAGGUGCACCUGGUACUGCAAGUAUAUCAACCUGCAAUGACCGCUGCAUAGAUCUCGAUCUGGAUGGAUAUGACAUGGAGACUGAGGAUUGGAAUCCAAAGGCAAAACAAAAGGCUUCAGGUAGAAUCCUGCCUCAAUGGUCACGACCAGGAAGCAAAGGGUUUCUUGUCCAAUUCCUCCUGGUGGAUUUCUUCUAUAGGCUGGAGAGUGCAACUCCUUGGUUUCUGCAUCCUUUUCCAUUCAGUCUGCCACCUUAAUGCUGCGACUAAAACAGAUAUGAUCUUCCCUACUCUCAUCGACAAAAAGGAUAAAACAUGGACCAGUUGCUUAUCUCUGUGGCUAAUUGACAUUUUUUUGUUUUGUUUUGUUUUGUUUUGUUUUGUUUUUUUUUGUGCUGUUGACUUGGCUCAUAUGACUCCUGCAGGAAGCCUCCCUUAUUUUUUGUGAGGAAUGUUAUAAUUAUCAGAAAGAAGUGUACAUAUCUAUGUUAUGUAAUGUUUCGACAACUGAAUUGGAAUGCUACCUUGAUGUACAUUCUUUCAGAAUGAAAGGAGAGUUCUCCAUCUGUUUUUUGCCUGC